GAACGGCCCCGUGGAGCUGACCGUGCGUUCGGCCACACCCCUGAACGAUGACCAAUGGCAUCGCGUGAUGGCAGAGAGGAACGUGAAGGAGGCGGUGCUCCAGCUGGAUCUGACCUAUCGGGAGUCUCGGCCUGCACCUCAACAGGGACACACCCGACUGGAGCUGUUCAGCCAGCUCUACGUCGGAAAACCUGCCUCCCUCACCUGCCAGGACAGUGCGGCGGGCGGCCAGCGGGGCUUCCUGGGCUGCAUCCGCUCGCUGCGGAUGAACGGCGUGACCCUGGACCUGGAGGAGCGCGCCCAGGUGACGCCGGGCGUGCGUCCGGGCUGCCAGGGCCACUGCGCCAGCUACGCCCAGUACUGCAGGCACGGGGGCCGCUGCGUGGAGAAGUACAACGGCUACUCCUGCGACUGCUCGUCCAGCGCCUACGACGGGCCCUUCUGCAGCCAGGAGGUGGGAGGUUUCUUCGAGGUGGGAACUCUGAUUCGAUACAACUUCCUGCCUGGAGCAGCAGCAGCCAAUAAGGACGGCAGGAUGGCGGUACAGCCUCUGACCCCACAGGAAGUGAACCUGACAACAGAGGAAGUGGCGUUCAGCUUCAGCACGUCGAGCGCUCCGGCCAUCCUGCUGUACGUGAGCACCAAGACCGAGGAUUACCUGGCCAUCGUACUACGACAGAACGGUGUUCUGCAGGUGAGGUACCAGCUGGGGGGGCAGGAGGAGCCCUUCUCGGUGGAUGUGGACCAGAGGAACCUGGCCAACGGUCAGCCCCACAGUGUCAACAUGACCAGGGUCAACAGGACCAUCACUGUUCAGUUGGACCACUACCCUCCGGUCAGCUACUCUCUUCCUGAAUCUUCAGACACAGAGAUGAACCUGGUCAAGACUCUCUUCCUGGGCAGAGUGUUUGAGACUGGUCACAUAGAUCCAGAGCUGAUAGAGCGCUACAACAGUCCAGGGUUCGUCGGGUGUCUCUCCCGGGUCCAGUUCAACGGCGUCGCGCCCCUGAAGGCUGCCCUCAGAAACCCUGUGCCAGCCCUGCCGGUGCCGACGGCCAGACAGCCAGACAGAGCCCCUGUGGCGGAGCAGCCAGUGUCGUACCAGGGCAAGCUAGUGGAGUCCAACUGUGGGGCGUCUCCUCUCACCAUCCCACCCAUGUCUGCUGCCACCGACCCCUGGAACCUGGACUCAGGUACAGAGUUCCCCUUCAAUGAGGAGAGGGUGAUUCCAGGUGGAGUCAACAGGAACUCUGCUAUUAUCGGAGGGAUCAUCGCCGUGGUGAUCUUCACCAUCCUGUGCACGCUCGUGUUCCUGAUUCGCUACAUGUUCCGCCACAAGGGCACCUAUCACACCAAUGAGGCAAAAGGGGCGGAGUCAGGCGGCGGCGAAUCGGCCGACGCGGCCAUCAUCGGCUCCGACCCCAACCCGGAGGCCAUCGACGAAUCAAAGAAGGAGUGGUUCAUUUAACGGCCAAUGAGAGUGCAGAAGUAGCUCAUCUGGAGGAGGGUGGCGACGGGAGGUUGUAUCUAAUGACCAAUCAGAGGAGAGACGGAAUGAGGGGUCGUCCAAUAGCAACCCCCCAGUGAGAUGGGGCUGGGUUGGGGUGGGAGGUGGGGUGGGGGGAGGAUGUACAGCAAUCAGUUUUUGAUGAUGAGGACUAGAAGAAGAUGAAUGGCCAAGGGAGCACAGCAAAGAAAGACUGUAUAUCUGUACAUAGGAACUGGCUCGGCCUGCUUUGUAUUGUGUUUGGGAGUUUUCAGGAGUCCUUUGAAUACAGUAUAUAUAGAUAAAUUAUAUAUACAGAAUAAUAAUAGCUACUGGAUCAUGUUCUAGCAGAGUUAUUGACCUUCCGGUUGGUUCUUUUUCUUUCUUCUGAGGACGAGUACAGACAGGUGGUCUGUCAGACGGUGUUUGUGGUGGUUCUGUUCUAGGCUGAGUCAUGUCGUUUGUGUUCCAGCAUCAACCAUGAGGUCUGGAUGCCAGCAGCCCCGCUGUAAAUAUCUUCUAUAUUUGUCCAAAUUUAUGUUCUAUUGGGGGGCAGACAGACCGACAGCAACCAGACUGCCAUGUUCUGUUGUGUUAACUGUGAUGUAUGUAUGAACAGAGGUUUAUGUUACUGUGAUGAUAGAUGGAUGGAAUGUCGAAAAGCAUGAUGGGAAAAACAUGGCGGCCCGUCUCUCCGUGUCAUCCUCCCGUCACAGCAGUUUGCUCCUCCUUUCAGAACGACACACUGGUCAUCAUUUUGCCAAAAACACUUUGGUCUUACUUUGUCAUUCUUGGUUUCCAAGCUGGAUUGAAUAGAUUAUACUGUAUAAAGAUGACUGUUCAUCAAUCUGCUGAGAGUAAACGAGAACUAGUGGUUUUACAAAUGUUUUAUGUUGAAAUGCUUCUUUGGGAGCUUUGUGUGUGUGUGAGGUCAUGGGGGUGUGGUCAUUCUAAAGGUCAUAUAGGUGGGGGUCAAAGGGGAGAGGUCAGUGAUGAAGGUAGAGUGUUAAUUGACUUCAUCCACUGUGCCUUCUGGAUUGAGUCACUUAGCUUUUCUACGGACUUACAGCCCAUGAAGAAGAAACUAACACACACACACUCACCCAAUCCACAUACAUAUUCACACACUCACCUACACUCACACACACACACACUCGUAUGCUCACCUACAUGCAAACACACACAUCAUGUGUGGAAAGGAGGUGUGUGUGUCAUCGGAAGGAGGUGCUUCUAUGCAUCACUGAGGUGGUGAAAGCUGCACAUCUCUCAGAGUACAGAUGAGUCUGUCUACUAGUGCCACCCAAGACCCUGGACACUCUUCAAACUGUUGUCUUUAUAUCAUGUAUUACUUAAAAUAUAUACCAUAUGUACUGUAAACAGUUCUUUUUAAAUGUUUUUUUUUCAUGGUUUAUUAUGUCAAAAGUCGGCCCAGUGGUCACGAUGUCAUGACAACCAUGUUCUUGUUUUUGUAUGUUUUCUAAAAUGGCUGUCUGGUGUGUUGUAAAGUGUUGGUCUGGUGACCUGUGAACAGGGCCAGCCUGACCCAAUAAACAAACUAAACAUUUGUUUAGGGCCCCAAAAUUGGUUCACCCCCCAUUCGUUUAGGGCCCCCAAAACCCUAAGUCCGGCCCUGCCUGAGGUUCGACUUAAAGGGAACAACAGUGAGAGGAGAAUGUAUGUCUGUCCACUCGCUCCAGACUCCUCCAUGACUGGAGCAGGAGGGAGAGGCUGGCUGGUAUCCACUGGUGUAGGGCCAGCCUCCCCUCAUUGCAGUCCAGUAUUAAUCACUAAGAGGAGGCUGGAGAUCUGAUCUUGGAUCAGAAGCUGGAAACUGCUUUGACUCAUGUCAGGUGACAGGUCAUCUGUAACAGUUGUCCGUCUGGUAGUGAAAUAACCACACUCCUUCUGCAAUUCAUCUGGCUGACACACACAGACACACACAAACACGUGCUUAUACACAAACACACACUCAAACAGACACCUCUGUAUUUUGUAAACAGAGAUGAGAUUGUUCAGAGACCAGGCUGUCACUCAAGUCCUCCUUACUCUUCUGUUCAGUUCAAUAAAGAUUCAUUGGAUUCAG